UAUUUUUUUUUUUUAAUUUUUAUAUGAACCCUUAUCAAGAUCAGACAGAUUAUUGAACAAGAAAACAAAUUACUAGAAUGUGCAGUGCCGAAAUCCUUUAAAAGGACAGAAUAAUCGGCUUGUGCCUUGUUGAAUGCGUUUUUUCUGGGGUUCCGCUCCUAGUAACUGCCUCAUAUUUGAAACAUGAAAUUAUGUACAGUUCUUGGUGUCUGAAAAGCUAAUGUAAGCAUGUUUUCUCUUCGGACUCCACUAAUGAAAACUUUGAAAUCUUAACAAAGUUAUUUACAAGCUUUUGGUUGUCCAUACCAUGCCUCCUUCGUUCCCUUUCUACAGAUCUCACACACAUAUGGAAGACUGAGGAAGAAACAGAGGUUGUCAUGGUCACGAGUACUAUCCUACCUCGGUGAUGUGCUCCAGUCGACAUCCUUUCUUAGUAGCAAUGUCACACUAGUUAUAGCUGCAUUCUGUGUAUUUAGACAUAUAUGUGGUGGAUUUUAUACUGGGUUUGGUUUCCUGUCCUCCUUCCCUGCUUGCUGCAUAGCCAUAUUGACUGAGAGGAAAAGCAGGAGAGGAAUGCUAGCACUGUACACAACAAAUCUUGCAAUGGAAGUGCUCUUUAACAUGUGUAAGCAGAGAGGAUUUGUCAGCCCAAUCAAAAAUGGAGAAGUCCUGUUGUUUGCAGCUGCCUCAGCAAUAAUCUUCUUUCUGCUCAGGAAAGGAAACUGUCUCACUAAAGAUGCCAAGUCAGCGCUCAAGUUGUUGGUUGGUAAUUCAGAGAUGCCUGCCUCUGAACAAGAGUCCAACCAGGACACAGGUCCCUCUUCAAGUCAUCCUGGACAACAGGACAGUCCUUCAUUUACUCAGUUCUUACCCAAGAUGCUUCAGACAACCAUUACCAACUUCAUCAACAGAUUAAAAGACCUGAGCAAGCAUUCCUUGUGUCUUCAUGAAUCCAGCUGUCUAUACUACUCCUUAGAGGCAUUCUUGAGGAGGUUUUUCUUGGGUUAUACGAUCCAAGGCUUCAUCAAUGUCCUCAGAGCCUUAUCGAGUGCCUUCAGCAACCCUGGAGAAAUCCCCAGGGCGCUCUACCACAAGGACAACUUCUCUCUAGGUCUCUUCCUUGGCUUCUACUCAGGUCUGUUCAGGAGCAUCAGUUGUCUACUGCGUAGGCUACGGAACAAAGACAAUCCCAUCCAUGGACUUCUAGCAGGUUUCAUAGCUGGACUAUCAGCCAUGUUCUAUAGAAGCAAGACCCUCUCGCUCUAUCUCACAUCUAAGGCUGCUGAGAACGUCUUUUUCAAGCUUCAAGAUUUGAAAUACCUUCCCAUCAUUCCACACGGUGAUGUCCUCCUCUAUGCACUGACUACUUCCGUUGUCCUGCAGGCAGCCGUCUUUGAACCUCAUCAGAUCAGACCGGCUUAUUGGAAGUUCCUUUGUGGUCUGACAGGGAACAAAUUUGCCUUGAUGAACCGUAAGCUGUUGGAUGUCAGUGGAACACAAGCCUCCAAGCUCUACCCAGACUACUGGCCACAGUACGAUACAAGGUUCACUCCUAAUCUACAGGCUGCUGGUCUAGUAUGAGCCUGCAAUCUUGAGCCAAAAUCUGUGGUCUAAAUUGAAACCAUGGUCUAGAUCUUGCUUAAAGCCCCACUGUACUACUUGUAGCUACUUGCGCCCUCUAUAUAGCAAACAAUGCCUGAUUGGUGUCUGUUGGUCCUCCAUAAUUCUCUUUUUCACAUGUUAAUUGAGAGCUGAUUUGAUGAGAUAACCACCUGUCAGUGACCUUGCUGGGAGGUCUUAUCGCCCUGGCCAAACUAGUGCAGACAGGCUUUUAAUUGAAACCAUGGUCUAGAUCUUGCUUAAAAUUAAGUUGGAUUAAAGCAAGUGUAAAUGAGCGCAUAUUGCCUGUGUAUUGUGCCUCAUGUAUGAAUUUAUGUCUUUGGAUUACCCGCUGAUGUAGCCCUACCGUCCAAUGCUAAUCGUGUUUGGAACAACUCCUCUGAUUUAUCCAGGGCCAUUGCUAGACCAUCUUGAAUAGGGUAGGGAGGUCAAGACCCCUUCCCUGAUAAUGCCCUUCAUUUCUGACCCUUUGUAGCAAUGCCCCUGCAGAUACUAAAUUCACCUGUGUUCACAAAUACAUUCAAGAAGCUUGGUUUAAAAAAAUAUUAUUACCGUUAAUUGGAUAACACCUUUCAAACAUUUAAUUGCAAUAUUUCCAGAGAGUGCAUUCAAAGGGAGUAAAUAUAGUGUAAUAUCAUAAUGGUUGAAUUAAAAAUGACUGGACAAUAAUUGUCCUUGGUGUUCCUGUAUGGUAUCUGUACAUUGGCAAAAUUUGAUGCACAAACUCCAGUACAGGUAUAUAUACUGAAAUUUGUCUCCAUUGUGUGUAGCAAGUUAUGACAUGCAUGCACCACAUAUCACUCUCAAUCUGUUUUGAUCUGUGAGUUUCCAAGAUACUCCUCUAUUCAGAAUCGUCAGGUUUUGUUUUGCUUGUUAAUUUCAUUUUCUUGAAUGCAUUUGAGAAUCGGUGAACUCCAAGGAGAGGAAUUUCUUGUUUGUAAUCCAGCUGGUAAGAAUUUAUGCAAUAUCAUGUGCUUAAAGUAGAAAUUGUGACAAUCAUUGUGAAAUCUACCUUUUCUCUUUCUGUAUGUAAUGAAUUAUUACAUGUUACUGUAAGGUGUGAUGUGCUAAGACUGCCAUCAUUUAGGAUGCAUAUUUAUGUAUAAUGCUAGAGUCACAUCACCUGUGCAGGAGAAAGAGGAAGAAAAAAAAAAGGGGGGGGGGCUGUUAUGAACAUGACAUGCCUGUUUCUAUCUUCCAAUACUGUAGGUGAUAAGUGUACAACUUUAUUGUGAUGUUACAAAACCAAAAAUCUUGUUUAAGAAUAUCAUAGCAUUACAAAACAAAAAUCACUUAAAUAGGCUACACAUUUUGGUGAAAAAUUCUCACUUAAUUAUCAGUAGCCCUCAUGAUUUUUUCUUUAAGAGCUGUCUAUAUGAAUCAUUAAUGUUUGUUGAUGAGCAAUUAUGUUAUCUUUGUAAAUAAGAAAUACUAUAACUGAAAUGAAGUGUGUGCUGUAUGUGAUAUUCUCUAAAAUCUAGAUAUUGAAUUGUUCUGAUAUGGUGAUAAUGAAGAAUUAUAAAAGAAAAGCAGUGUUUGCUGGUGCUUGUACUAAAACAAUGAAUUAUGGUGUGUGUUGAAAUGUAGUAGAUACCUGCAUUAAAAUUGGCAUGACUUAUUAGAUCAAAAUAAUUUGUGUACCAUCAUAAUGGAGGAAAUUCUUUUUGUUAGCCCUUAAUAAGAUAUAUUUAUACUGAAUGGGCUAUCACAGUAGGAUAUCGAGACAUGUGUGUUAUAUAAAUAAAGUAUUAAUACUCUGUGAGUAUACCAAAGUAGAUUGUAUAGCAAACAGUAUCAUUCUUGAAUGUAUUGGUAGUUGCCAGAGAACCCCUUUUUUCCUUUUCUUGAACUUGACUAAACUUUGUCUUCUGAUUUAUGGAAUGCUCAUUAGCAACCUCUCUGUGCCAUGCUAAAAUAUGCAUUUCUGUAUGAAAAUAAAAUGAUCAAUAUCUUAUUGUAAUAAAAUUACAAAAUAAUGUACUUAACAUCAAAAUCUUAUUUUGAUGAUUCUAAAAAUAAUAUUAUUCCACUCUCAAGGAGAACGCACAAAAGUGCACAAGAUGUGUCCAUUUUUGCAUGCUGUUGCAAAAAGGGAAAGUUAAAAUGCAAGUCUUUUAUGUUGGCAAUGAUUGACAAGCAAAAAAAUUUUAUCACUUAUUUUAUUUUUUCUAUUUGAUCAGAGGGUUACUGAGGUAAUCACCAGUUAUCUGUUUAAGAUCUAUGUAUGUGUGGAAUGAAUAAUGUAAAUUUAUGCAUGACAUAUUUUGUACUGAUUGAACAAUGGUUGCAAAUAAUGUACAGCAUAUACAAAUUUGUACAUAUUGAUUGCCAUGAAAUCAUGACUUGUUUAAUAAAAAGAUAUUUCAAUAAAUACAAUCUUGUUCGUUCUUUCAGAAUUCAUUUAUGCAAGGUGUCAGCGACCACUGUUCACUAAAAACAUGUAAUUGCACAUAAUUUCAUGAAACAUGGAAAAUGCACCUUUUUGACAAACAUGGCAAGGGGUUAGCCCAUCAUUUUUGGC